AUGCGCAGCCCUUUAUUCCUAGUUCUGGCCCUGAUUUUGGUACUUGGACUGAUGGCCGCCUGCGGAGGUGCCUCAGAGCCCACGGCGGAACCAGAGAUCGCCACCGAAGCUCCCCAACCCACAGCGACCACCGCACCAACUCCCACCGAAGUCGCAAUGGAGGAGGCCACCGAGGCCCCGGCAGCCAUGUCAGCGCUGGAAACGUAUGCGGUUGAGAAUGCCGGAGGCCCAGGCGCGAUCUAUGUUGGCGACAUCACGCAACUCGUCGGCCCAGCCAAAACGGUAGAACAGGGGGACUUCGACGGAAACGUAACCUUGGAAUCGCUGGAAAGGCAUCUCUGGAUCUACGAGAGCACCCUAUACCAGGAGUUGCUGGAGAAGGCGAAGCUCACCGAUCCGACACCCAUGACAUACGACGGCGAAACCAUCACCAUUCAGCACGCCUGCAUCAACCGGGCCCUGCUGCCCUGUGUGGCGCUGGAAACCUUCUUCAGGCCCAACCUGCUGGAGCGCACCAACGGUAAGGUGGAAUUCAUCACCAGCUCCUUCCCUGAGCUGGGGCUGGCCGGACCCGACACCCUGACCCUGGUCACCAGCGGCACGCUGGACUCCGCCACCAUCUACGGCGGUUACGUUGGCGGGGAGAUGCCACCCAUCGAGAUCCAGAAUCUCUGGGGCAUCUACUCCUCCCGCGAGCAGGAGUUCGAGGCCACCCAGGCCAUCAUCAAGGACAUCGAAGAGUUGUUCUUCUUCUGCCGGGAGAAGAUUGACACGCUGGACGGGUUCUCUGGCAAAAAGACGCGCAGCCACAGCGCGGCGCUGUCGGACUGGAUCAACGGGAUGGGCGCGAGCCCCAGUUCCUUGCCUUUGCCGAGGUCUACACCUGCCAUUGAACGCGGGAUUCUGGACUGCGGAGUGACCGGGGCCGACGCGGGAUUCGGUCAGCGCUGGUACGAAGUGACCGACUACAUCAUUGGCCCGUUGCUCAGCUUCCCGUCCAACAACAACGUGAUCAACGGAGAGAAGUGGGCUUCCAUACCCCCGGACCUGCAGCAAAUAAUCAUCGAGGAGGCAGCCAAGUCGGAGUUGGAGGCCCUGCGGAUCUCAGCUAUCCAGAAUGAGAUGGGGCUGCUCAAGAAUACUUCAGACGACCCGCGGGGAGCGGGAAGGGAUGCGAUGGAAUUCGUCCCAUUUUCCGAUGAAAUGACUUUCCGCAGCCUCAAUACCGCCGUGAUGGAGCACGUGGUGCCGGCCUGGGUUAACCGGGUUGCAGACACCAACCAUCCCAUCAUCGCCGACUCGUUCAACCAAAAGGUCGGCCCCAUAGUCGGCCUGCGAAUCGAAUCGAACGGCACGGUGGUGAAGAUCAAUUAG